AAAGAACUCUCAAAAUAUUGACGUUUAUUGUGAAACUUCCCAUCGGAAGCCAAAUAAAGCACAUGACAGUGACACUUCCGGAUGUGCAGUUCAAUGUUUUCUGUCGUUAAAACAAGGGAAUAAAACGUGAGCCGAAAUUGAUGAUGAGUGGCGAACACUACUUGGAACUUUGUGACAACCCCGUGCAGUUUGAAAAUGCCUCAAGCGUCAACAACGUAUUCUUCGAUGAAGCCAACAAGCAGGUGUUCGCGGUGCGUUCAGGAGGCGCCACGGGGGUGGUGGUCAAAGGACCUGACGACAAGAGUUCCGUUGCCUUCAGGAUGGACGACAAGGGAGAAGUAAAGUGCAUCAAGUUCUCAAUUGGAAACAAAAUUUUGGCUGUGCAAAGAACGUCCAAGUCUGUGGACUUCAUCAACUUCAUUCCCGACUACCCUCACACAGAGUUCACACACGAGUGUAAGAUGAAGAACGCAAACCUCCUUGGCUUCUGCUGGACCAAUUGGAACGAGAUUGUCUUCAUUAGCGACCAGGGCAUCGAGUUCUAUCAGGUGUUUCCGGACAAGCGCACGGUCAAACUGCUCAAGAGCCACAGCAUCAAUGUCAACUGGUACCAGUACUGUCCCGAGACGGCCGUCAUCCUGCUGUCCACCACAGUGCAAGGCAACGUCCUGCAGCCCUUCGCAUUUCGGACUGGGAGCAUGUCCAAGAUGUCCAAGUUUGAGAUUGAGCUGCCUGUUGUUCCCAAGCCUGCCAAACUCAGCCUGUCAGAGAGGGACGUUGCCAUGGCGACCAUUUAUAGUCAGCUCUACGUGAUGUACCUAAAACAUCACUCCAGGACGGCCAACAGUCCCAGUGCAGAGGUGGUGCUCUACCAUUUAGCAAGGGAGGGCGUGUGCAAGAAGACACACGUGUUGAAGUUGAACACAACAGGAAAGUUUGCACUUAACAUUGUUGACAACCUGGUGGUGGUCCAUCAUCAGAGCACUCAGACGUCAUUGAUCUUCGACAUCAAGUUGAAGGAGUCGGACGGCGUCAUCAGUACGCAUCAGCCUGUUCUACCUGCACGCUCCAUACAUCCCUUUAGCAUCCCACUGGCAGGUCCAGCAGUGGUGCCCUCGCAGCCUCCUGUCCCGUGUCAACUAUACUCGUCCUCCUGGAGCGUCUUCCAGCCUGACAUCAUCAUCAGCGCUAGCGAAGGUUACCUGUGGUACCUUCACGUGAAGCUCACCCCCACCGUCAACCUGCUGAGUGACAAGGGCAAACUGAUGGACUUGCUGUUGCGUCGCAGAGACUGCAAGAUGGUCAUCCUGUCCGUCUGCUCUCAGCUUCUGGAAGGUGAACAGAAGGGGAGUCUUCCUGUGGUGGCGACCGUCUUUGACAAGCUCAAUCAGGUGUACAAGGACUUCCUGGAGGCGGAGCAAAGCUACACCGCGGCGAUGGAGUCGGGGCCAGCGAGAGGCAGUGCCGCUCAGAAGCGACCAAUCAGAACUCAAGCGGUCAUCGACCAAUCAGACAUGUACACGCACGUCUUGUCUGCGUUUACGGAGAGAAAGGGUGCUAGCCACAAGUUCACCAUUGCCGUAUUGAUGGAGUACAUCCGCUCUUUAAACCAUUUCCAGAUCACCGUGCAGCAUUAUUUGUACGAGCUGGUCAUCAAGACGUUGGUGCAGCACAACCUCUUCUACAUGUUGCAUCAGUUCCUCCAGUAUCACGUCCUCACUGACUCCAAACCUCUGGCCUGCUUGCUUCUGUCUCUGGAAAGCACGUACCCACCUGCCCACCAGCUGUCACUUGACAUGUUGAAGCGCCUGUCGACGGCCAACGACGAGAUCGUGGAGGUUCUGUUGUCCAAGCAGCAGGUUCUGGCCGCAGUCAGGUUCAUCCGCAGCGUCGGUGCUCAUGACAACAUGUCCGCCCGCAAGUUUCUGGAUGCUGCUCGGCAGACUGGGGACAACAUGUUGUUCUACACCGUCUUCAGGUCCUUCCAGCAGAGGAACCAGCGGCUCAGGGGAAACCCCGCCUUCAACACAGGAGAGCACUGCGAGGAACACGUGCUUCACUUCACUCAGCUGUUUGGUGAACAGGCGCUGAUGAAGACCUCCACUGUCUGACAUUUUGUACCAGGGGUGUCCCAACUUUUUCCAGCAGAAUUGAAGGAUGUGCUGGAUGUGACAUUUUUAGACAUUAAAGAUGCUAAAAGAAAUCCAGUGGCCAUCAAUACAUACCAUUGAUACCAAGACUUCCAACUUGAAAAAUUCUCAAUUCUCUCCUGUAAUUGUCCCAAUAAUUUUGUCCAUGUUGUUUUUGCACCUUCAUCAUUCCAAGGAAAUGAAUGCGCACAAGUGUAAAUAAAGUUGAGAAAAAUGUUAUCAAAGCAA